AAAUCAAAUAAGCUUAACGGGAACUGUAGUUCUUUCGUAGACACUCGUCGCACCUUCUUAAUUAUUUUCACCGUUUGGGAAGACUACAAAUUUGUGUGUCAACACCUUUGCGAACCAGCGGAGAAAAUCUCACCUAUAUUUUGUGGAUUUGAGGCUUAAAAAUAGGAAAAACCACUUCCAACAUUUUUUUAGAUUGAACACUUCAGAAGAUUAUUGAGCGGCCAAGCAUCGGAGGAGAAACAAGUUCCGCGAAUCAACCAUUGUUUUUAAAGACGACAGUUCGCAGACGUGGCUUCGGCUUGACUGAGCAUGCUCAGGAGUGAAUGAACCCCCGCCCGUCGUCACAUUGCCACGACAACGAUGAGAAUGGAAGAGAUUAAGAACGAAGCAGAUACGGCCCCAAUGGAUUCCAUGUCGCUAUACGCUGUGAUGUAUCCAGUGUUCAACGAGUUGGAAAGAGUGAAUCUGUCUGCAGCACAAACCCUAAGGGCUGCUUUCAUAAAGGCAGAGAAGGAAAACCCGGGUCUCACCCAAGAGAUCAUCAUGAAGAUCUUAGAGAAGAAAAAUGUAGAGAUCAACUUCUCAGAGUCUUUAUUACGCAUGGCUGCAGACGACGUCAAAGAGUACAUGAUUGACAGGCCAGAGCGAGAGUUUCAGGAGCUGAACGAGCGAGCCCGAGCACUGAAACGGAUCCUCAGCAAAAUCCCGGACGAGAUUAACGACAGAGUUCGCUUCCUGCAGACCAUCAAAGACAUAGCAAGUGCCAUUAAGGAGCUCCUGGAUACAGUCAACAACGUCUUUAAGAAAUACCAGCACCAGAACCGAAGAGUACUGGAGCACCAGAAGAAAGAGUUUGUAAAAUACUCCAAAAGCUUCAGCGACACUCUGAAAACGUACUUCAAAGAUGGAAAGGCAAUAAACGUGUUUGUCAGUGCCAACCGGCUCAUCCACCAAACCAACCUGAUCCUCCAGACCUUCAAGACAGUUGCAUAGGAGAUUGAUUCCGCCUUCAUUUUUAAAAAUACAAUAUAAGCUUCAUGUGAACAUGGAAAAAUGUUAGGGACUGUAAUUUAUUAAUCUAAUGGGUCAAUUACUUUGGGAUAGUCAGAGUCUGAGUUCUAAUUUUCUUUAAUAGCUGGGUAAAGAGCCAAGAUUUUUUUUUCAUGCCAUUUUUUUAAUUCUUUUUUUUAUUUAUACAUUUUAUUCCUCCUCAUCAUCUUUCAGUCCAAGUCUCCAUUCGGGUGUUUUAACGGCAAACAUUUCCAGUCAUCAGUGGAAAGAAGAGCUGAUGUUCACUCUCUACUGGACUUUUCCGGUCCUGUCUUGUCUUAUCCUCGGAACCCUGGAGAAAGACAACGGGAUUAUAUAUUUAAUAAAUAUUUGGUAGCAGGAAUAUAAAAAUAAAUAGACUGCAUAUUGUCUACAA